GGGCCAGCGGCCCGCUAAGCGAGGGCCCGCAGGGAAGAAGAGCGGCGCGUGCGCCUCGCUUGUGGGCGGAGCCGGGGCGGGGCUUUCCGGGGCGGAGUCUGGCCGUCACUCGCAACCCCGCCCCUCGGCUGUCGUCGGUCUCCAGGAGGCGGCAACCGCUUCUCCUCCGCCUUUCCGAGUUGGCGGAGCCAGCAGGACCCCGGCUCUCUGGUGACAAUGGGGGACCCCAGCAAGCAGGACAUCCUGACCAUCUUCAAGCGCCUCCGCUCGGUACCCACUAACAAGGUAUGUUUUGAUUGUGGUGCCAAAAAUCCCAGCUGGGCAAGCAUAACCUACGGGGUGUUUCUUUGCAUCGAUUGCUCAGGGUCACAUCGAUCCCUUGGUGUUCACUUGAGUUUUAUCCGAUCGACAGAGUUGGAUUCUAACUGGUCUUGGUUUCAGUUGCGAUGCAUGCAAGUUGGAGGAAAUGCUAAUGCAUCUUCCUUUUUCCAUCAACACGGGUGCACCACCAGUGACACCAACGCCAAGUACAACAGCCGUGCUGCCCAGCUGUACAGGGAGAAACUCAAAUCUCUCGCCUCCCAAGCAACACGAAAGCACGGCACUGAUCUGUGGCUUGAUAGUUGUGUGGUUCCAUCCUUGUCCCCGCCACCAAAAGAGGAAGACUUUUUUGCCUCUCAUGUUUCUCCUGAGGUGAGUGGCACCGCAUGGGCAUCAGCACAGGCAGAACCAUCUACUUUGAUGCCAAGGGCCAUGGGCACCACUCCAGAAAAUAACGAAGGUGGACCAGAACAAGGACCAAGUGUGGAAGGUCUGAAUACAGCAACCAAGGCUGCUUUAGAGGUUUCUUCUAUCAUUAAAAAGAAACCAAAUCAAGCUAAAAAAGGACUUGGGGCCAAAAAAGGAAGUUUGGGAGCGCAGAAACUGGCGAGUAAGAACUUCAAUGAGAUUGAAAAACAAGCCCAAGCUGUAGAUAAGGUGAAGGAACAGGAGGACCGUCUGGCCCGGGCAGCACCUAAGGAAGAAUCAAUGGUUGCAUCACUGCGAUUAGCCUAUAAGGAUCUCGAAAUUCAGAUGAAGAAAGAUGAAAAGAUGAACAUCAGUGGCAAAAAAACAGUGGAAUCAGAGAGACUUGGCAUGGGAUUUGGGAAUUGCAGAAGUGCUAUUUCCCAUUCGGUGACUUCAGACAUGCAGACCAUAGAACAGGAGACGCCCAUCACGGCCAAACCAAGAAAAAAGUACAGUGAAGACAACGAUGAUUCGUAUUUUACUUCCAACUCAAGGUACUUUGAUGAGCCAAUGGAGUUACGGAGCAGUUCUUUUUCCAGCUGGGAUGACAGUUCAGAUUCCUAUUGGAAAAAAGAGGCCAUCAAGGAUACUGAUACAAUUCUGAAAACCACAGGCUAUUCAGACAGACCCACUGCGCGCCGCAAGCCAGACUAUGAGCCAGUUGAAAACACAGAUGAGGCACAGAAGAAGUUUGGCAAUGUCAAAGCGAUCUCUUCAGAUAUGUACUUUGGAAGACAAGCGCAAGCUGACUAUGAAACCAGGGCUCGGCUGGAGAGGCUUUCGGCCAGUUCCUCCAUAAGCUCAGCUGAUCUGUUCGAGGAGCAGAGGAAGCAGCCGUCAGGUAACUACAACCUCACGAGCGUGCUGCCCGCCGCUCCUGACAUGGCGCAGUUUAAGCAGGGCGUGAGGUCCGUUGCUGGGAAGCUGUCUGUCUUUGCCAACGGCGUCAUGACCUCCAUCCAGGACCGCUAUGGCUCCUAAUGCUGACUCACGGCGUGUCUUCUGGAGAAGUUCCCCUUAAAACGAACCAGAGGCCACAGCACAGGCUGCAGGGAAGACCAGACGGCCCUGCAGAUUGUCUUGCUGCUUUUUCACCUAGUAUAUUAUACACAUUUCCAGUUUUUAAUCUUUCUUUGAGAAAUUCUCGUUUUUGAUGUAGUAGAAGCUUCGUUCUGUUCGCCUUUCUCCCGGCACGUGCCCUCCUUUGGUGUGGACAAGCAGACCUUGCUUUGCUUUCUUGCUAUUUUUGGUUCCAGCAACAGCUGGGGCCUGGAGACCCCGGCUCCCCUGAGUGAACACUGGCAGCCUUUGCUUCCGGGGCUCCGUGCUAGGUGGCUCCCGGAAGCAGCGACGCUCCUCGGGCCUGAAGAGACACCACUCACAGACAUGUAUUUCAUUCCAAAGGGAGCAAAGAAUAAAAACAAAAUACCAGAAUGACUGGUGUGUAAUUCGACAGGCUGCUUCAUUGUACGUCCACGUACUAAGGUGAUUUUAAAACAAUAUUUAUUUAAGGUCAUCAUCCCUUUGUAAAUUGUUUAUUUUGUAUGAUCCAUAAGUUUAAAAAUAUCUUUCAGUGAGUGUUUUAACAAAUCUAAACUUUCACAUUGACUAGGGAAUUCACUUUGUCUUCCGAUGAGGUGCGGCUGUUUGAGUUUAAGAGAAAUAUAAGGAGAGAACCCCCUCAGUGCGUUAGAAGUCGGCAUACUGUACAGAACUGAAGUUGGUUAAAGCGAGCCAUCCGACCCACCAUUUCAGUAUAUGGGGAAGGAGCAGGGGUAAUUGGGUAGUUUUGCUAAUAUUUUUUGUCUUAAUCUUGGUUUUCAAAAAAUUACAGAAUGUGUAUAGUGAAUAAAGAAAAAUAAUCUGGCUGUGUUUUAGACAGCAUAGAAUAUAUUGUUCAGUAUAGUAAAAUAUAUUUGAAAUUUAAUGAACUGAAAAUGUGAUUUCAACUGAAUAUUUUGUGAAUUUUUCUUAACAGCUCCAAUUUGUAGACUUCUAAAUAUAAUAAAAAGUUGCAGCAGAUUGUGUCCCCUGUGUUUUU